GCUGCAUGUGUCAUAAGAAUCAUUAUAAUAUACAACGAUGACCGUUUUUGUGUAUUUGAAAAGUUUUAUGUGACAGUAAGAUUUAAUUAUUUUUACAUUAUAUUUCUACUAACUUCUACAAGCAUGGAUUCCUUUUAUGAUGCUCCAAGGAGACCCCCGAUGUUUCGAAGCCCCGCUGUCCCUUUGGCAUCAAAUGCAAAUAUAUUACCAACACAUGUCCCUGAUGUUUCAAUGUUGGAACAAAAUUAUGGUACUGUGCCUAUAGAUAAAAAGGUGGAGAUGUCAUACAAUGCAUGGAAAAUACAGAAUCAAUUUGGGAAGGAGAAUGUUCAACGAGUAGCUGCUCCUCAAAGCCAGGCCAGUAUCUUAAGAAAGCAAGUACGCUUCCUGAGUCCACAAGUACAAGCACCAUUUAGACCAAUGUUGCCAAUGGAAAACAGUACACAACCUCAAGUAAAAGAGAAUACAUUUCAAGCACCCAUUUACAAUGCCCCAAGAAGUACCAAUAAUAUUCUUCCAGCCAAGCCAUUCCAGAAGGUUUACUUGAGUAACAUUCCAAAUAGAAAUUUGGAUUUAAGCAUUAUUGAGUCUUCAAGAGUUGAAAAGAUACCAAUAUCAAAUGGUUUUCAGAGGCGUUUUCAUGUGGCAGAAUCUACUACAAUUGAACCUAGAGUGGAGCAGCAGCCUCCUCAAGAGAAAGCAAGUGAUGAGCCAACUGUCAAAGAUCUGAUGAAAAUUAUUCAACAACAGAAUGAGCAAUUGAUAUGCUUGCAGAAGCAGGUGUCUACUUUGUUGCAAGAAAGAAACGAGAAACCUGCAAUGACACCACCGCAACCCAUUCAAUUGAAAACGAUUGAUCCGAAUAAGGGGGUUUUACCUAAAUUUGCGUUCGAUGUGAUGACCAGCUUCGAGGUAUCACUCAAACCAUCUCCUUCUAACAAGAAUUGUUAUCAGGGGCCUAAAAUACAGGAGAUCUUUGAACCUGUCAAUGUUCCCAUUCAACCGUAUAGAUCAACAGAUCUAUCGCUCACUUUAAACGAACCAAUUGUUGUACAGGAAGAAUGCCAUAGCCCUGAACAGAGUAUUCACGUGGAGAUGCAGGAUUUCAGCUCCGAAAGUGAAGACGACGAAGUACCAAGCAAGAAUUCCCUAAUUGGCUGGACUAUUUACAACAAUGUAAUGGAUCAGGUGAAUCAUUUGCUGAAGAAUUCUCCAGAACAGAAGCACAACCAUCAGGUAUUGGGAGGAAACACAAUGAAGCAAGUCAAGCAGACUACACUGAGGCAUCUUAAAAGUGUUGGUGUUAAUUUGCCAAACAAUGUACCAAUUGAUGAUUCCAAUGACUACAGCUCAGAAUAUAGUCCCAAUGAAAUCAGUUUCGCUGUCAAGCAAUUACUAAUGAAAUAUUUACCUGAUGAACAGCUGGCUAAAGUGAACAGUAACAAAGGUAAACAACCUCUAAGCAAAACAAAGCCCAACUACCCAACAAAUCUCAUAAACAGGAGGCCUGAAUUUUCUAUGGCCACAGUGCAAUAUAUGGAAAAGUAUAAUCUACUGAACAAAGAUAAGCAAUCCAACAAACAGCAAGACAAUUUCUUGGACAUGACAGCUCUGAAACAGCAACCAAAAUUACUUUGAUUACAUUUAAUAUUAUUUUAAUUUCUAAUUUAUUAAUUGAUUUAAAACAAAUUGUGAUAA